UAUAGUUUUAGUCUUAGUUUUAAUUUUAGAAGCCAAAGACAAGAGUUUUUGCUUCUUUCUAAGCAACAGCCUCUGUUGCUGCUUUUUAUUUUUGGAGGGUGUUAUUUUCCCACUGAUGUUCAGGGAUCAAGAUUGUGGUAAAUAUCACCAACUUGGAUCAAAUGCCAUCUUUAAAAAUGAAGACCAAAUCCAGUACAAGCUCUGUAAAAGAAAAAUAUGGUCUUCGUGUGUGUCUGAAGUCUUGUGUAAUUUGCAAACAUUCAUGCUCCCAUGUAAAGAUUGCCCAACAAACAGCUGAAUUUAAUGCAUGCAUGGAAAACUGUCAUGAUGUUUCUUCAAGCAUGGAAGCGUCCAGUUUGUGCUUUGAUUGUGAUGUAGCCAUUGAGCAGCAAGAAUUGCUGGAUGAAGAAAAUUCUCAGUUUGAGAUGCAGCCAUCAAUUUCUGUUGACUCUGAAACUAUUGGGAGAACGGAAUCUACCCACGCCUGUUCAUCAAACUUAGAGACAAUUUUUUCUCCUGUCCUGGAGCCAUUUGAAGUCUUCGGUGAACCAAAUAUCAACUAUGAUACAGGGAACGGCAAGGAACCUGAUGCAUCAGGGAUGAGAGCUGAUGACAGCUGUGACAAUGGAGGUUCAAGUGACUAUCAAAGUUGUAAUGUAUCAGAUUUCUUUAUUUCUGACAUGAUUAUUGCUGGAGUACCUUUGGAUGGGAAUUCUGUUGAUGGUGCUACCACCGAGUCCAAGCCUUUUCCUGAUUACAAGUGUCCGGAGCCAAGUAUGUUAUUCGAUGUGGCUGACCAAUAUAUGAUUCUGCCUUUUCUUGAGGAUACUGCCACAAUCAGCUAUACCAAUGAUGUCAAUUUAGGCGAAGAAGCCACAACUGAUCCUGAUAAAGCUAGCUUGUAUCUAGCAAUUGGUCAGAUGAAAUCCUUCAACCAGGAAGUUGAUAUUAAUUCUGACUCAGAUCAGGCAGAGCACUUUGAUCCUCAGUUGUUUAUCAAAAAUUUACCUGAGCUAUCUGAUGUGUCAAAUUUUCGGCCAACUAUAUUGCCAAAGGAUAGUCGGAGAAGGAAGCCUGUAACCCUAGUACUUGAUUUGGAUGAAACACUUGUUCACUCUACACUUGAUCAUUGCAAUGAUGCAGAUUUUACCUUUACUGUUUUCUUCAACAUGAAAGAGCACACUGUUUACGUAAAAGAGAGACCUUAUCUCCAUACAUUCUUGGAGAGGGUUGCGGAAAUGUUUGAAGUUGUUAUCUUUACAGCCAGCCAAAGCAUCUACGCAGCACAACUUCUGGAUAUACUGGAUCCAGAUGGAAAGCUUAUAUCUCGACGUGUUUAUCGUGAAUCAUGCAUUUUUUCAGAUGGAACUUAUACUAAAGAUUUAACAGUUUUAGGUGUUGAUCUUGCAAAAGUUGCUAUAAUUGACAAUUCUCCUCAGGUCUUCAGGCUACAAGUGAAUAAUGGGAUUCCUAUUAAGAGUUGGUUUGAUGAUCCAUCUGAUUGUUCACUAAUUUCAUUACUCCCCUUCUUAGAGACCCUGGCUGAUGCUGAAGAUGUACGUCCUAUCAUAGCCAAGACAUUCGGUAACAAGGAAUAAUAGUACCUUGUUUCUCUUCACUAGCUUGAAUAUAGCUCUUUGUCCCUCUCGUUCACUUUUGAGCGAAAAUUGGUCUCUGAUUUUAUUGCUCACUUCUCUUUUCUUUCUAGCUUUGAGAUGAUUAACUAUCGAAUAAACUAUUGAUUGUCUUAUUGGUAAGUCAGCUUGUUCCAUCUCUUUCUCCUCCCUGCUGGCAACCCUGUGCAGUGCUCUGUCUAAUUUUUUGGAAGGUAGUUCUAGAGAUGUUUCUUUUUAUUGUACAGUUAAAAGCUUGCUGGCAUAUAAGGGGACAUAUAUGAAUUAUUAUCUUGUAAAGUAUAAUUUUGCAGACUCUUGUUUUCUUUCUUAUCUGUUGCCUAAUCUGAAUUACUGUUGUCAA